AUGGACUUUCAAAACAAUUUGAAUAAUUUAUUCGAUAUAGCACACGUUGAUACUUUGGAAUGGAUGAAAAUCGAAGAAGAUAAAUUAUUUUUACGAAAACAAAGAGAACCAGGAGGGCGUCCAGGAUGUUUAGCGGGUGUAGACAAGAAGUUAUCCGAGAAAAAAGAAAGGGCUAGUCAGAGAAAAUUAAAAGAAGAGAAAAAAUGUGUUUCGGGAGAUUACCGUUAUCUCUUACAACACAAUAUUUUAUAUAAACGUAAGGACAUUACGAUCAACCUACCAGCUCUGAUUAAAGCCUUGAGUAACCCUUGCCAUCCACUUCUCAAACGGUUCUGGAACUACAACAAAAAGAGAAAGGAAAUACUUUGUCACGCCUAA